AUGCCCCCAUCGCCGUCAACCUGCUCCUGUGGCUCAGAGGCUGGAGAGCAAGGCACUCCCAACACAGACAUCAAGACGAUGGAAAAGCAUAUAGAAGAUGUCUCAGAGUACAAAGCACAGCAACCUGCUGAGGGAGCCUACAUCCCGCCAGAGGAAAUCCAGGCCCGAUUUGAGCUUUUGCGCUAUCUGAGCCCGGAGCAGAUGGACACACUCAAUAAGCGUAUCCUCAAGAAGAUCGACUGGCACAUGAUGCCUUGUGUCACACUCAUGUUCUUAAUGAAUUAUCUCGACCGCAUCAAUGUUUCUAAUGCCCGUCUUGCUGGGCUCCAGAGUGACUUAAAUAUGAGCGAUACCGUGUGGAAUGCAGGCAUCUCGACCUUUUAUGUCGGCUACCUCGUCGGCCAGCUCCCUGGAAACCUACUCAUGGCUAAAUCGAACCCACGUUGGUUUCUCCCAGUCAUAAUGCUCAUGUGGAGUUGUGGAACCAUUUGUAUGCCUGCCAUGACCAACGGCGUUGGCUUUUGCGUCGUCCGUUUCUUUAUUGGCCUGGCCGAGGCACCCUUUUUCCCUGCUCUCACCCUACUGACUUCUUCUUGGUACACGAGAGAAGAGUCUCCUAUGCGCAUGGCUAUCUGGCAUGCUGGCAAUACUAUCUCGAACAUCAUAUCAGGAUUCUUAGCGGCGGGGAUUCUCGAGAAUAUGGAUGGUAUUAGCGGUCUGCACGCAUGGCAAUGGUUCUUCCUGAUUGAAGGGAUAGCAUCUAUCGCUGUUGCCGUCGCUUCAUUUAUUUUCCUACCUGCUUGGCCGCAUAACACUCGGUUCCUGUCUGAAGAGGAGAGUCAGAUGGCACAAUACCGUGUGCUCGUGUCUAAUGGUGGCCGUGAUGAGACCGUUGGAGGAACGUGGGAUGGGCUCAGGGACGCCGUGAAGGACCCCUUUACGUGGUUCUUUUGCCUCAUGCACUUCGCACUAGUUACUGCGCAGAGCUUCAAGGAUUUUCUGCCGUCGAUCAUAAAAACAUUCGGCUUUGACACCAUGACCACAUACCUUGUCCAAGCACCGCCAUAUGCUAUUGCCUACGCCUUCGCCUGUGCUGCAGCCUGGUCAUGUGGCAGAUACCAAGAGUCAACUUGGCAUAUAAUCAUUCCCAUAAUCAUCUCCGCCGCAGGGUGCAGUAUCCUCAUCAGCACUCUUAACGUCGGGGCGCGGUAUUUCGGGAUCAUCCUACUCAUUUGCGGCACGUACAGUGGACUCAACCUGCAACUGUCUUGGGAGACGACGGUGGUUCCAUCGCCAAGAGCGAAGAAGGCUGCACUCAUUGCUAUUGCCAACUGCGUCAGCCAGUCGAGUCAUUGGUUUAGUCCCUACUUUUAUCCAACCAGCCAAGAGCCAUAUUACCGUAUGGGUGGUGGCCUGGUGCUUAUGGGGUGUGCACUGGUCGCGGUGUCAGCUUUCGCUGUGAAUUGGAGAGGUAGACGGCUUAAUAAGAGGUUGGACGAAGCUGAGGGGUGGACUAUGCACUCAGGCAGCGAGAGAGGUUGGCGGUACAAAUUAUAA